UGAUUUUAGCAAAGUUUGAGCUUGAUUCAAGAGGCUGUGCAUUUUGCCAGACAAAUUUUUGAGUGUAGAAUAUGCUGCAACAAAGAUCAUCAAAACGAUAACAAGUUCUCAAAUCCUAAGAGGGUUGAAAACUUGAAGGACAAUUUCCCCUAAUUUUUGGUGGAAACAUUAAACGAUAAUCUAUCAUUUGUGUCUAUGAGCAUGCAAUGAGCAUUUGGUGGAUAACCAAGUUGGGCUAUCUUUACAAGACAAGUUCAAUGUUGUAUUCUAUGCCCAUAACAAGGCAAGGUUUGAGCUAUCACAAAUCACACAAGCAUUACCCCUGCAAAGAAAUCCACAGACACUUCUGAUAGAUUGCAUUUAUAACUACCACCAACAAAACAUAAAGAAAUCCAUUCUCUCUCUCUCUCUGCCUCGAUGCCUUCGCCAAAGAGGUUUCUCUUGCAUAAAACGGUCAACGACUUCAGAUUUUCCUCUCUUUCUGUCAUUUUCCUGCAUCUUGUUUUUCCAUGUCUUCCCAUUUCUUGCAACUCCCCAAGUCAUUCCACUUAUCGUAAGCUUUCUCAAUCUCAAUCUCUGCCUAUAUAUAUAUGUGCGUGUGUGAAGAAGUACGUAUAUCUGAGUUGUGUAAAGAUUGGUAAAAAAAAGUGAUUGUUUAUCUUGAUCGUAUGCAAUCUUUUAAUAGUGUUGUCAUUGUAUAAAUGUGAACUUGGAUCUAUUCUUAUUCUUGUUUUGAUUCAUAUUGAUUAUAAUCCCCAGGAUUAAAUGUAUUGGGAGCGAGAUUCAUUUUUUUUUUUUUUUUGUUAAAUCAAGCAUUGCAAGAAAUGUUUUACAACAUUAAUACAGGAAGUCCGUUUGUCUGGGUAAUGUAAAUGCAACUUGAAUACUAGCAUGGCUGCAUGGGCUUUCAAUUAGUAAGAGUUUGAAAGAAUUACUUAGACGCUAGUGUUUACGUUAUUCCGUUCCUCAAGACACAAUAUACCAGAAACAGAACAUAUACCAGAAAAAUUCCUAACAGAUUUUUCUGCCGUCCAAGUCCAACCCUUUCUAUCUCCCUCUCUCUCUCACAUCCUGCCUCUUUCUCUCUCUCAAUCUCCAUCGUUCAGCUCAUAUAUAUAUAUAUAUAUAGAGAGAGAGAGAGAGAGAGAGAGAGAGAGAGAGAGAGAGAGAGAUUUGAUUACAUGGGACUCGACUGAAAACGCUUUAGGAAAGGGAGCUUUGACUAGCAUGGACGAGGAAACAGAACUAAAACGACACGACGAUGCAUACGACAGUUUGACCAGGAGCUUAGAGGUUGGGGAAAUAUUAAACUAAAAAUAUAAUUUUGUAUUUUAUAAUUAUAAAAUUAUUUAAAUUUAAAUAUUACGCUACAGUAAUGAUAUAGUGUCAAAAUUUUUAAUCUUAAAAUGACAAAACUCUUAGUCAAAUGGUUGAAUGGUAGAGUCAGGUUAAAGUCUACUCCUCCAAUCUCUCUACUAAAAAAUAAAUUGAGUUCUGCCACAUUCAUGCAUUUAGAUUGAUAGUUUUUCUCAAGCUUAUACAUUUAGGAAUCUGUUCAACAAUAUUAGAAGAAAAUUGAGGAUCAUAAUUGUCUUUUAGAUGGUAGCCCAGAAAAUUUUAUCAUUGAUUGGUUCUCCUCUUGAUAUUACAGGAAGUCUUUUGGACCGAAAACCAAAAGGACCAAGGCUGAUGUACCCAAAUUAAAAUUAAAUGCGAAGAAACUUGGAGAUUUUCUUUUUUUGAAGAAUAGUGGUACCUUUAGAUUGUUCUUUGCACGUUGCACUUCUUCAAAUUGUUCUUCUUUGAAAGCAUUACCAUCUAUGGCCUCUUCUGCUUCUGCUGAAGAAACUAAUGGUGACAAUAGUGCUGCUGUGGCUAAAGCUGAUAAUAACGAAAUGGAGUUCAGUCGUGUAAAUUGUCUUUUAUGGGUAUUGCAUGAAUCUGCUGCAAGCUUUUCACUUGCAGUUCAGUCACUUGAACUGCCAGGAAGAAAUGCAGCGCUUGCAAUGGCUUGGAAUGGGAAGGAUGUCCAUGAAUGGCAUAAACGCAUUUCUUAUCAAGUAGCUGUUUUUCCUUUGUUGAAAAUGGCAAUUGAAGUAGAGAUGUUGCUUUCACUUGAUCGUCACAACAAUGGAUCCCCAGUUAAAGAAAUCUUGACCCCAAAGAUAAACUUGGUGGGUGAGUACAUUGAAAGUCAGUUGAAAAUGCAGCAUCCAGACUUGGUACAAUGGUUUAGAGUGGUGGAAUUGCCUCGUAUUGCAGUUUUUUCAUUCCCUUGCUGAAGAAGUGGUCAUGGAAUAUGCGGGAAGUGGUGUUGCAGGAAUCAUUGCAGCAAUAAGCUGCUGUGCUGCUGU